UCUAGCUUCACCCCUUUCUCCAAAUCAAUCGCCGCGUCACAUCUUUAGUAAUAUCCUUCCAUUUUAGGUCUUCUUCGUUUCCCAUCUCCAUUUUCAAGCCUUCUUCAUCCUCAUCAAUCUCUGUCCAGACCAAUACAUAGAAAAUUUUCUUUAUUGAGACAAUUGACCAAACCCUUUAUCCACGGCUUUAGUUGUCUCACUCUGGGGCUGGUCGGCAUGGGCUUUAGUUGAGACAAUGAAGGAGUCCGAUCGAUGAACCAUGGGAUUUCCACUUGGAGCUGGUCGGAAUGGGCAUAAAGCCAUCACAAAAGCAGUUCAGACUUCCAGUAUUGCCCUUCUCAUCUUCUUGGAGUUUAGCCAAAAUCGUUUACCCGCCAGGCCGCCAUACCAAGCUGUUUCAGCGCUUGCGGAGUUGCAAACUUGCAGAGUUCAAACAGAUGCUCAGGAUUAAGAAUAUACUAGGUCAACUUCUUUCCUAUGGCCUUAAAUCCCAUCAAGCGUUUUAACGGUUCCCCAAUGCAUUGCUAAAAUUUGUGCGCUAAAGAUAUUUGAUAUAUUGAUUUGACGAAUACAAGUUUUUUUUCCUGUAUUUGUGGUUUACCUAUUCUUUGCCUUCUCUGGCACCAUUUAACAUUCAGCAAGAUAUAUUAAUGCCCAUUAAGUUUGGUCAUACUCCGUAGUUGUUAAUGCAAAGUUCCAUUUUAUUUUAGUACCCAUCCCGUUUUUCAUGAUUGCUUCAUUUUUAAGGGACAUCAGUGUGAGGCCCAUGGAUCCUGACCCUAAUUUGCCUGGUAACAUUGUAACAUAGAACAUAGAACUUGCUGUUCUGUAGAUACUACGGGGUAUAUAUAUAUAUAUAAAAGGCUAGACAUAAGAUCACUCACAGAUGUAGAAAAGGCUUUCACUUUGAAGCUGUGGUGGAAAUGGAAAACAGGAAGUUCGUUUUGGGCAAAAUUCUUAAAGGCCAGAUAUCCCAAACAUGAAAACCCCUCCCCAAAUCUCACUGACUCACCCAUCUGGAAAAGAGUAUGCUCAGUUCAUUACCUUGGGCUGGUUCUCACUCAGCAGGAUGAACAAGGACAAACUCUUUGGCUUACCUCAUUGUUCUUUUGCAGGAUGUUGGCAGUCUGCAAGGAUAGGUAUGUUUCAAAGACUUGGACACUCUUUCGGAUUCAUCAUCAAACCUAUUUAACUAGUAGGAAUUACAAUCAUAAAUCAUUGAGUGGUAUUGAAGUAAACAGUGAAGAGAUUGUAACUAAACUCCAUUCUUGCACUGAGUUCUAUACUGCAAAAUGCUUUCAUGCCCUUCUUAUUGUAUUAGGAGAGGUUCAAAGUGUUCAUGCUGGCACUAGACUUAUAAAUGUUUAUGCUCGCCUGCGGAAUAUUUCUCUUUCUCGUUGUAGUUUCGAUCAGAUUGAGAAGAAAAACACCUACACUUGGAACUCAAUGAUAUCAGCAUAUAUUCACAAUGGCAGACUACGUGAAGCUCUAAGCUGUGUAUAUCAAAUGUUGUCAUCUCAUGAUGCUCGGCCUGACUUUUAUACUUUUCCACCUAUUUUAAAAACCUGCCACAAUGUAUUUGAUGGAAUGAGGAUUCACUGCUGGGUUUCAAAACUAGGUCUGGAAUGGGAUGUAUUUAUAGCUGCCUCUUUGGUGCAUAUGUACUGUCGUUUUGGAUUUUGUGAUGGUGCUCUCAUGAUUUUUAAUGAUAUGCCCUUCAGGGAUAUGGGCUGUUGGAAUGCUGUGAUUUCUGGGUUCUGUCAAAAUGGGAAUGCUGAAGGUGCACUGUGUAUCUUAGAUAAGAUGAGAUCGGUUGGCAUUAAAAUGGAUGGAAUGACUGUAGCAAGCAUUCUUCCCAUUUGUGUUCAAAAGAAUGAUAUCCUACGUGGGGUGCUAAUUCAUUUAUAUGCCCUAAAACACGGGCUAGAAUGGGGGGACAUAUUUGUGUCCAAUGCACUGAUAAACAUGUAUGCCAAAUUUGGCGAGUUGGGGCAGGCGGAAAAGCUCUUUAAUCAAAUGGUGGUUCGAGAUUUAAUCACUUGGAACUCAAUGGUCUCUGCGUAUGAGCAAAACAAUCAACCCAAUAAAGCACUUAAAUGCUUUUCAGAGAUGCAGCUAAGUGGAUUUGAACCUGAUUUAUUAACACUAAUGACCUUAGCUUCAAGUAUUGCCCAGACUAAACAUAUUGAACACAGCGCAACCAUUCAUGGGUUCAUCCUAAGGAGAUGCUGGAUACUUGAAGAUAUUGUGCUAGGUAAUGCAAUAGUGGACAUGUAUGCCAAAAUGGGUUACAUUGACUAUGCACGUGAGGUUUUCUAUAAUCUCCCUUGUAAAGAUGUGGUUUCUUGGAACACUAUCAUCACAGGCUAUGCGCAGAAUGGCCUUGCAAGUGAGGCCAUUGAAGCCUACUCCUUGAUGAAGAAUUGUAAGGGAAUUACACCCGAUCGAGGAACGUGGGUCAGCAUUUUGCCGGCUUAUUCCCAUUUAGGGUCGUUGAGAGAAGGGAUGAAGAUUCACGGACAGGUAUUCAAGGUAUGUCUUCACUUAGAUGUCUUUGUGGGUACUUGCCUGAUCAACCUCUAUGGCAAAUGUGGGAGACUUGGAGAAGCUAUGUCUUUGUUUUAUGAAAUUCCCAGGGAUAAUUCAAUCCCUUGGAAUGCCAUGAUAUCUUGUCAAGGAGUUAACGGGCAUGGUCUAGCUUCUGCUUCACUAUUUAGAGAUAUGUUGGAUGAUGGGGUUAAACCAGAUAGUGUAACAUUCUUAUCAAUCUUUUCUGCCUGCAGCCAUUCUGGUCUGGUUGAUGAGGGAAAACGGUACUAUGAUUUGAUGCAGCAAAAGUUUGGGAUAAAACCCAAUCUAAGGCACUAUGGGUGUAUGGUUGAUUUAUUUGCUAGGGCUGGGCAACUAGAAAUGGCAUAUGAUUUCAUUACAAAGAUGCCUUUACAGCCAGAUGCUUCGGUUUGGGGCGCUCUUCUCAGUGCUUGCAGAGUUUAUGGAAAUGUUGAGUUGGGUAAGUUGGCCUCUGAUAACUUGUUUUCGGUCAACUCAGAAGAUGUUGGGUACUAUGUUUUGUUAUCAAACAUUUAUGCAAAUUCAGGAAAAUGGGAAUGUGUGGAUGAAGUGAGAUCAUUAGCAAGAGACAGGGGAUUAAGGAAGACCCCAGGGUGGAGCUCUAUUGAAAUAAGGAAUAAGAUUGAGGUUUUCUAUACAGGUGGUAAUCAGUCUCAUCCGCAGUAUAAGAAAAUAUAUGAGGAGCUGGGAAUUUUAACUGCUAAAGUGAAAACCCUUGGCUAUACUCCAGACUUCAGUUUUGUGCUGCAAGACGUUGAGGAUGAUGAGAAGGAACACAUUCUUGCAAGUCACAGUGAAAGAUUUGCAGUCGUGUAUGGACUUCUCAAUACUCCUCCUAAAAGCUCAGUGUGUAUUUUCAAGAAUUUACGCAUAUGUGGUGACUGCCAUAAUGUCAUCAAGUUCAUGUCAAAGGUGACUGAGAGAGAAAUUGUGGUGAGAGACUCCAAUCGCUUUCACCAUUUCAAGGACGAGAUUUGUUCUUGUGGGGAUCAUUGGUGACUGUACGUCUUGAUUAUGAAUUAAGAAGGUCCACUGAAGCAUUUAUCCAUUUCUCUAUAACCUCUGUGUAAAGAUAUCACACUUUCUUGUUUUGAGAUGUUAAAUCCAGGUACUUUCCGCUUUCACUUCUCAGUACUCCAUGGCAUUGCAUUCUUAGUGUGUUAUAUGAGGCUUUAUUGAGACCCCCUCAAUGGUUAUAAGCAUUGGCUUCUUUAUUAAAGUGUAUAAUUUUUACCAAAAAAAAAAGUGUAUAAUUAAUUUCCAUUAUUAAAAAGUAGUACUACGUAAUAAUAAUAUUUUAGGCAAAGGGCUUUACCUUACAAUAAAUUCCUUGCUUUAUUGGGGGCCAAGGUAAAGUUUUCCUAAUUUAUAAAGAAAAUUGCUUGCGAUUUUUUCGUUUUAGAUGUGUUUUGCCUAUGGUUUCUUUCUUCCUAAAAUGGACUUGAUUAAGGUGAGGUGGGGGGUCUCAAAAGCGUAAGAAUGGAGGCUGUUUCUGACUUUCUGAAUUCCGUUUUCGAGUAUGUUUGGUUAGGGAGAGGAUAGGGAACAGUUAAAAGAAUUUCCAUAUACGGUGUUUGGUUUUGCUUGGGCCAUUUGAAAAGUGAUUGUAUUCCUUAAAUUAUUGAAAAAUGUUUAACAAUAGAAAUAUCUAGUGUACUAGUGUUUAAAUGUAAAAGAAAUUUUAACAAACAGAAGUUGGGGUGUAUGGUAGAGAAGUACUCCCUCAGUCCCUUUGAAAGGCUACCACUUUCCUUAUUUGGGUGUCCCAUUUAAAGGUUCACAUUCUAUUUUAGGAAAUAAUUUACUCUCUUUAUUUACACAUAUACUCAAAAUUCUCUUUCCUACUCAUUACAUGUCAAGUCUCACAAUUUUUCCUCCCCCAACUUAUCUCCUUGUAAUUACUUUCACUUUAUGUGUUUACUUUUUCUAAAUUUUCUCUUCUCUUUUUUUACCCAAAUUACUUUAUUUAACCACUUGCCUAAAAAAUCGUGCCAUUUACCUAUGGGAACCUUCCAACGGGACGGAGGGAGUAUAAUUUUAGAGAACAUGAUGGAUAGUUAUAAAUACUGUCUUACUAAUUUUUUUGUUUUAGAGCCCUAAAAGUAAGGGGUGUUGUCUGUUUGGUUUGUCGGUUUCUGUUUUGUCGUUUUAGUUUAGGUAGGUCAGUGUUGAGAAAUGCAGAACCAAGAACUGGAUUGAGUAGCCUUAUGUCCGUUUGGAUUCUGUUGUUUUCAAUCGGUUUGUAUCCGUUUUGUUUGGUUUAUGUUUCUUUCAGCUAGUUUUAGCUGGUUAGGUCGUUUUUAUGCGCAAACAACCUGACCCUGACGUGGUUUUCAUUGGUUUGUCAGUAGGUUUUGGUUAAUCUAUUCUUUUGUUUAUCAUAAUCUAAAAGUUAAGGAACGGCAUAAACUUAGGCUCUCUGCUUUUAGCUUAUUUUUCAAAUUAAAAGGACAACAGCACUUAAAAAAAUCUUACAAAAAUUCUUUUUUUUUGUUUGCUGGGAACGGAGUGAAAGAAUUGAAGGGAAAUAUUUAACAUCUAUCUGUUCUCAAUUUUUGAACAGAUAAUGGAGAACUUUAAUACCCUCACCGGCUAAAACUGGGAAGUGGGAAACCAAACAUACUCAUAGUGUCUUUUUGAAAUCUGAGAAAUACCAUGAUGCUAAAUAUGGAUGAAGUUUAGUGUAAUUUUUUUAAUGAAUUCAUCUCCAACAUUUUUUCAAAAUUAUUUUAUUAGUUAUUUGUACUAUACUUCAUUCUCUAAUUGUUGCAACACUUUGACUUCACACUCUUCAGUCUUCACAUACUUCACUUUGAGUACAUUUUAUUGUUUAAUGUUUUUUUGCCAUCAUUUAUUAAUGUAUUAAAAAAUUACGGAGUAUUUUUUAAGAAGUAUUACUAUGUCUAAAAUUUGUCUCAAAGUAAAAUUUCAUAACAUGAUUUAUUUAAUACGUAGCAAUAUAUACUAAUAGCUAACUAAAUAUAUUAAUAGUCAAGUCGUGUGUUGUAAAACAUGAAAUUCAAACUAUUGCAGCUAAAUAAGAAUAGAGGCCAGUUUAUUCCUCCAAAAAACAGAACAGAGGCAGUCUAAAGAGUAUUGCUGAAAGGAAUCCGAAGUUGUUAUAUGUUCAUUGGUAUCUUUAUAUUGAGCUAAUCUCAAGUUUCACUAAACUCAAUUCAACAAUUGCCAAAGACCUUACAUCCAGGGGCGGAUCCACCAUGGGGGCAGGGGGGCAGCCGCCCCCACUCAACCCCCACCCAACCCCUAUAUAUAUAUCAAAUAUAAAAUUAUAUAUGUACAUAGGUAUUAAAUAUAAGUAUAUUAAACAUUAUAAACAAAGGUUGUAAUUAUGAGUAGCCGCAGUAGACUGGAGAUGGAUUUUACGUGUGUUUCAGUAGCCUUGUUGGUUUAGGGUUCGAUUCUCACCAUCAGCCUUUUCCAUUUUGUUUUACUUUUGCAUUUCUAAGCUCCCACCCAGUUCGAUUCUCACCUUCAGCCUUUUCAUUUUGUUUUACUUUUGCAUUUCUAAGCUCCCACCCAGUUGAAUUCUCACCUUUAGCCUUUUUUAUUUUGUUUUACUUUUGCAUUCUUAAACUAAUUUAAAGCUACUUUAGAGUUUAGACAAUUGUAUUUUAAACUUGGCUUAUUUGAACUACUUCAAUAUAAUUAUAGUGUAACAAUUGUAUCUUUACAUUUAAUAUAAAUUCAUUUUUAAGUAUGCUUGUGCAUUCACAAUAUAAGUUAAUUCUAAAUAAAUAUUUGAUUCAUUUCUUAUUUGAUUCUUAUUGAUAACAUAAUUUUGAAUAAAUUACAAACCAUGUGAUUAAUUUUGUUUAGCAAAGUAAAAAUUUAUCUGGCAUGAAAUUUUAAGUUUGAUAUCGUAAUAGUUUUGUCCCACCAGUAUUUUGUUAUUUUUAAUUGAUUUUACACUUUUUUUAUUAAUGUGGUCAUUGUUCAUGACAUGUGUGAUAUAACUAAUGCAAAUUCGCCCCCACUGACAAAAAUUCCUGGAUACGCCACUGCUCACAUCCACAUUUUACACUUCAAAAUAAUGUGCUCAAAUGAGCUCAGAAUUAUUAAUAUAAAGACCAUAAGAUCCAAAUAUAUGUUAAAAAUUAAAAAUGUCAGCUCUACUUCUCUUGACGAAUUGACAUGAUUUCAUGUUAAAAUUAAUCAUGAGAAAAUACCAUUUUCCUCCUUUCACUACUCACUAACAUGUUCCGAGAUACGAGCAUGCCAAUUUUCAGAAAAAGACAUUUCUGGGUCUGAGUAUUUCUUUGAGCAUGCAUGUUCUGCAUUUCUAUUAUAAGCACAAAAAUAUUACUCAUCAACAACUUUUGUUAGAGUAACAGUCCUGGAUGAGAUAUUUCUACAUACAUGAGAUAUUACUCAUCAACAACUUGCUAUUAUUUGUAUUUAACUAUAUGCUAUUGGGACUGAAUUAAAUGUUGGGUUGAGAAAUUGAUCAUGGAUGUUAUGCUAGUAUGCUACGCUAGUGGUUAAUUUUCAAUCAUACAUGGGUGUUUCAUAUGAACUGAAAGUAAACUACUUUUAGCAUAGUCUUGAGUCAGUUAGUUUAAAAGAUUCAAUGUGCAAAAGUGUCCAUUGUGUUAGAAUAUACUCAGGUGAAGAAGCGCUCCUUAUUUUUUUCUUUGUCCCCAUAUGUUUUUGUUUUUUAUGAAUUGACACUGUAAUUAGCUGUGUUGGCAACUAAUAGGAGCUAUAGCUGGUGGAUCAUGACUCAGAAAGACAAAUGGGCGCAGACACAGGUAAAUUAGGUAAAAGAUCAUUCCAUCUAAGAAUGUCAAAGCUGGUGUCUUUCUUUGCCAUCUAGUCUGUUAGUGUUAUUUGUUUUUUAACUUUUUUUUACUAAAGAUUUGUUUUAUGCAAUUUUAGUGGCAUGUGGUAAGGAAAUCUACACAACAAAAAAUUCCACUCAUUGUUUUUCUUCUCCAGGAGGAGGGAGUGUUCAAGGCAGGAAUGCAGGAUAUACAUACUUUGAAUAGUUGUAUAUAGUAAUUGCUGUCUUUUUGUGUUUGUUACUGUGUCCUUUUCAAUAUCAAACUUGUUAGAGCAAAUAUAUAUUUUGCUUGAUCAGGCAGGGCUCCAAGAGGAUUUUGCUGAGGGGUCAUAGAUAUAGCAGCAACAGCAAAGAAGAAAUGAAAGAUGUUCGAGUGUUCGACUGAUCAUUCAUUUCAUGGAGGAACUGGCAGAGAAGAUCUGAGAAGAGCUAUACUGCACGAAGAAAGAGAUGAAUCUCCUUACGCAACAAAGAUCCGAUGCAGUGAAUAUCUGUGCGAUCCUCAAACAUUGAUGACUAACUUACGCGGGGAUAUGGUAAAUGCUCUUAAGAUAGGCUGGCCAUGCAAAAGAUUAGUUGCAGGAUGAAGUGAGGGAUAUGAAGGCUGCUUUGGUCAACUGGUAGCUAGAUAAUAAAAAAUAAGAAAUAUUUAUCUAUGAUUAUAGCAACGAAUAUGUUGUUAUGAUUAGCACAAAGUAUUGACAAGAAAAACUUGUGACAAAGAGAAAACAUGUUUUACAAAACAAAAUGUCAUUGCACUGAACAUUUUAGUUGUCCUGACACAAUAAGAUUUGAAUUGAUGUGGACUUUGGGGUUUUGGAAG